CUGAAACAUAUAAAUUAUAUUUUUAAUUGAAAAUAAUAUAACUACACUCACCAAAAUGUCAGGAAAGGUGCCAUCGUCCAAGAGCCAGGCGGCCAAGAAAACCGCCGGUAAAUCACUUGGUAUCCGCUACCGCCGUAAGAAGCGUAUUGAAAGCUUCUCUCUCUACAUCUACAAGGUGUUGAAGCAGGUGCACCCUGAAACUGGUGUGUCCAAGAAGUCUAUGUCUAUCAUGAACUCAUUCAUCAACGACAUUUUCGACCGCAUGGCUCUGGAGGCUACAAGACUUAUCAGGUACAACAAGAAGAGCACACUCAGCUCACGUGAAAUUCAAACUGCUGUACGCCUACUUCUUCCCGGUGAGCUUUCCAAACACGCCGUUUCUGAAGGUACCAAGGCUGUAACCAAGUACACCACUUCUGGAGCUUAAACGUAGCAAUGCUCCACGGCCAUUUAUUACAUUUUUGCUACUUGCUUUCUAUUGAAUUCACCGGAUAUUGACACACUAUGGAUUGCAAGGCGAACACGCUGAUGACUGUGUUAGCAGUGUAACAGCCCAUUUAGAAACAUUGGAUUUGGAAAUAACAUGAUUUACUCACAGCCCUAGUGGCAG